AUGUCCCUAGGCUGGGCCCAGGUCCCCAUCCAGGACAACUUCGAUGCUGUUAAGUUCCAGGGCAUCUGGUACAUAGUCGGGGCUGUGUCAGAUGACCAGAGCUUCCAGGAUUCCAAGGAUGACAUGAAGAUGCCCAUGGUUUUAGUGACCCUCUUGGCCAAUGGCGACCUGGAUGUCAAGUUUGGGUACCCCACGCCGGACGGUGGGUGCCAGAAGAUAGACACGACCUUCAGCAAGGGUGCAGUGGAUGGGCAGUUCAGCAACCCAGCUAUGGCCCAGACUGACAUCCGCGUGCCUUUCACGGACUACAAGAACUUCGCCGUGGUGUACUUCGAGACUCAGAAGGGGGACGUGCGGAACGUCUGGCUGCAGCUCUACGUCCGCGUCCCGGAGCUGUUUCCUGAAGGUGCCCAGAAGAUGCAGCUCCUGGCACCCCGCGUGGGCCUGAACCCCAGCCAGGGCGCCAUGCUACCCAAGUCGGACCAGUGUGCCGGGGCGCUCUCCCAGGCUCUCCCCUUCACCUGUGAUGACCUCGCCCUAAGCUAUGUCUGUGCCACACUGGAUCCUUGUGUCUGGGCCAAAACCGCCUCGCCCUAG